GCGGCGCGGUGUGACAGACCUUGCGGCGGCCCGCGACGGCCCUCUCCAGCCCUUCGUCCGAACUGGCGCCCCGGGGCCGGCUGCGAGCCCUCUGCAGAAGAACGCGGACGCCAGCACUGCGGGGACACCGCCGAGCUGGCUGGACCGCUUCAAGUCCUGCGACUGGUGACGACCCGGCCGUCUGGCACCCACUUCCUCUGCCGGCGGGGCCAGUGAGAGCCCCUCUCCCAACAGGCUGUGGCCAGGGCCGGGUGAAGAGCGAGAAGCAAAGAGGCUGUCUUUCCACAUACGAGCAACUGGGAAAAGCAAGCCGUGCGUUCUUUGGCAGCUUUGUCUCCCUGUUUGGAGGGUCAGCUUCUGGAAGGCUGACCUGGGUUACAAGCCUUACUUUAUUGGAGGCCAGUCACUUACGAGAUUUGCUCUGUUCUUUUAAGCUACACAUUGCAAAAGCCUUUCUUCUUACGGCUGUAUACUCCCCCGUCCUUUAAAAGAGCAGCAAAGGGAGACUGGACACAGAAAAAAGAGAAGAAGGCCCUGUGAAGAUGAAAGCAGAGAUUGGAGUGAUAUGGCCACGAGCCAAGGAAUGUUGGCAGUCAAUCGCUGGGAGGGACAAGGACCAGAUUCUUCCUGUGAGCCUCCGGAGGGAGCAAGAUGGACCUGUUGAUUUCUCUUGAAGCUGUCAGAAGGUGGAGGAAAAGAUGGGCUGGCCACAGUCUCUGAAAGGAGCAGAUGUGUCCAGAGUCCGCACCAUUUACCUCAAUGAGCCCUUCAGGAACAAUUUCUGCAAAAACUCCAUCAGCACAACCAAGUACAGCGUGUGGUCGUUCUUCCCGCGAUAUCUGUAUCUGCAGUUUAGCAAAGGUGCCAAUGCUUUCUUCCUGUUCAUUACGAUAUUGCAGCAAAUUCCAGAUGUGUCUCCAACGGGAAAAUAUACAACUCUCUUGCCUUUGAUGAUUAUUCUUACCAUUUCAGGCCUCAAAGAGAUUGUAGAAGAUUACAAACGAGGUACAGCAGACAGACUAGUUAACACGAAGAACACAAUAGUGUUCAGAGAGAAUGAAUGGAAAGUGAUUAUGUGGAAAGAGGUCAGUGUGGGCGACAUCGUGAAGGCCUCAAAUGGACAGUUCCUUCCUGCAGACAUGGUUCUGAUUUCUUCCAGUGAACCUGAGGCAACAUGUUAUAUUGCAACAAGUAAUCUGGAUGGGGAGACAAACCUAAAAAUACGACAGGCUUUGUUAGAAACUGCUGAAAUGCAAACAGAAAAACACUUAUCAAGCCUCUCUGGAAAAAUAGAAUGUGAAGGACCUAAUCGUCAUUUCGAUACCUUCACUGGAACCUUGUAUCUAAAUGGUAAAAGUCCUGUUGCAGUCGGGCCUGGUCAGGUCUUGCUAAGAGGGACACAGCUUAAAAAUACCCAGUGGGUCCUUGGCAUAGUUAUUUACACUGGAUCUGAAACCAAACUCUUGCAGAAUUCCAUCAAAUCGCCUCUCAAGAGAUCGACUGUCGAGAAGGUGACCAAUGGGCAGGUCUUGCGGCUGUUUCUGCUGCUCCUGGCCAUGUCCUUGGUGAGCUACGUGGGAGCCAUACUCUGGAAGGAAGGGCAUGGAGGAAACAUUUGGUACAUGGGGAUGAAGGAGAGCAGCUCCCACGGCUUAGGGUUUGACAUACUGGUGUUCAUCAUCUUGUACCACAACUUCAUCCCCAUCAGCCUGCUGGUCACUCUGGAAAUUGUGAAAUACGUUCAGGCCCUGUUUAUAAACUGGGAGUCCGUGAACCUGAGUUUCUACCCACAAUGCCUGGGGCCAGCUGCGUUCCUGACCGGAGAGCCAAACAUCAGCUUGACUCAGCAGUGCCUGGACCUCUCUGUGUCGUUCUGGAGGACGAUGUUUUUUAAUGUAUUUUUUCUAGCUGAUAGAUAUUUAAGCGCUAGUGACUUAGCAGCAGCUGUAAAGAGACAGCCCAUUGUUUUCACAGAAGUGCUGGGAGAUCUGUGCUCUUGCUCCCAUUGUAUAGAUGAAGUAGCUGCAAAGCCUACUAAGGAUCUCAGACACUCUCUGGGAGUGUCUGAGGCAGAGCCAGGAUUUGGAAGCAAGUCUUCCGAUACCAAAGCAACGGCACACUGGUAUUUGUCUCUACGUAGCAUUGCCUCCCCUGAACCAGUUCUGCUGAAGUAUGUGAGAAACCAGCACGCAAGGGAUGAAGAGAUGCAUUAUGAAGGAAAUGAUGUCUAUGCCAUGGCCAGAACGUCCAAUCUUAACGAAGAGCUUGGGCAGGUAAAAUAUUUAUUUUCUGAUAAAACGGGAACACUCACUUGCAAUAUCAUGACAUUGAAGAAGUGUACCAUUGCAGGUAUAAUGUAUGGCGUGUCAUCCUCUGUCAUCACAGAAUCUGGUGGACUCAGUGACCCAACGUUAUUGCAGAACUUUGAAAGUGAUCACCCCACGAAAGAUUACAUAAAGGAAUUUCUAACCCUGUUAUGUGUGUGUCACACUGUUGUUCCUGAGAGAGAUGGAAAUAAGAUCACCUACCAGGCUUCCUCCCCGGAUGAAGCAGCUUUAGUGAAAGGAGUGAAGACACUUGGCUUUGUUUUUACUACCAGGACGCCGUCCUCUGUCACCAUAGACGUGAUGGGACAAAACUUCACAUUUGAAAUUCUUAACAUCCUGGAGUUUUCCAGUAAUAGAAGAAGGAUGUCUGUAAUUGUCCGAACUCCUACAGGGAAGCUCCGGCUGUACUGCAAAGGGGCUGAUACAGUGAUUUAUAAGAGACUUUCAGAUGACUCUCUCUUUGUGAACGAGACAUUAACCCAUCUGGAAUGUUUUGCCAAAGAAGGGCUGAGAACUCUCUGCAUUGCCUAUACAGAUUUAACUGAGAAAGAAUAUCAACAGUGGUUGAUUGAGUAUAAAAAAGCAAGUACAGUUAUACAAGACAGAAUGCAGAAUUUGGAAGAAUGUUAUGAUAAUAUUGAAAAGAAAUUUCUGCUGCUUGGUGCCACAGCCAUUGAAGAUCACCUUCAAGCGCGUGUUCCAGAAACAAUAACAACUCUACUGGAAGCAAACAUAAAAAUAUGGGUCUUGACAGGAGAUAAACAAGAAACUGCAAUUAAUAUAGCAUAUUCCUGUAAACUGUUAUCAACCCAAAUGCCUUGUAUUCAACUGAAUUCAAAGUCACUUGAGGCAACACAACAAGCAAUUAAUCAGAACUGUCAAGAUCUUGGAAUCCUGUUAGGUAAAGAAAAUGACCUGGCCCUCAUCAUUGAUGGUGAAACAUUGAAGUAUGCCUUCCAUCCUGAAAUUAAGAGGAGCUUCCUUAAUUUGGCCCUCUCAUGUAGAGCAGUAUUAUGUUGUAGGUUAUCUCCCCUCCAGAAGGCAGAAAUAGUGGACCUGGUUAAGAGGCACGUAAGGGCCAUCACCCUUGCCAUCGGGGACGGUGCCAACGACGUUGGGAUGAUCCAGACGGCCCACGUGGGUGUGGGGAUCAGCGGCACCGAGGGCAUGCAGGCCACCAACAGCUCGGAUUAUGCCAUUGCGCAGUUUCAGCUUUGGUUUGCCUUUGUUAAUGGAUUUUCUGGGCAGAUUAUAUUUGAACGUUGGUGCAUCGGCUUGUACAACGUGAUUUUCACUUCAUUACCACCUCUUACUCUGGGGAUCUUUGAACAGUGCUGCAGUCAGAAGAGCCUGCUGAGGUACCCACAACUCUACAGGAUUUCUCAGGCAGGGGAAAUUUUCAACACAAAGGUGUUUUGGCUUCAGUGUAUAAAUGCUUUGGCCCAUUCCUUCAUUCUCUUCUGGUUGCCCAUGAAAAUGCUGGAAAAUGAUAUGGUCUUACAAGGGGGUUAUACUACAGACUAUUUGUUUCUUGGAAAUUUUAUUUAUACGUACGUAGUCGUCACCGUUUGUCUGAAAGCUGGUUUAGAGACACUAUCUUGGAAUAAAUUUAAUCAUUUGGCCAUUUGGGGAAGCAUAAUUAUAUGGCUCGUGUUUUUUGCAGUUUACUGUUUCUUAUGGCCCACAAUUCCUAUUGCUCCUGAAAUGACAGGACAGGUCAGUAUGGUCCUGGUUUGUCCACACUUCUGGCUGGGUUUCUUCAUAGUCCCCAUUGUGUGCCUGAUUCUAAAUCUAUUAUGGACAUCGAUUAGAAACACCUACAACAGAACGUUCCUAGAAGAGGUUCGUGAGAUGGAAAGUAGCAGAGUUCAAGGACCGCAUCUUCCAACAGUGCUUGAAAAGGGUGACCUAAAGCCAGGUUAUGACGGAUUUACUCACACGGUGAAGACAAGUCACCUCCAGCUGUCUCCACCCAGCCCGCUGCACCAGGUUGUCUUCCAGGACGAAUCCGUUAAUCGAAGUGGCCCGCAUGGGUACGCGUUUUCUCAGCUAGAAGGAGUCUGUUCUUCUGACUCUACGAAACUCAAAACCAGCCAGGAGCUUAAGUACAAUCUCUGCUGAGUCCAGCUAUGGGUGAGGCUUGGACCCCCACCCGCGGUGUUCUCAGGUCCUUCCCCGAGACUGCAGCCCGUGUCAGCACCCCCAAGUGCUCACCUCUUGUGACUCUGGCCAACUUGUUUAUGUUAUCGACUGAACCUCAAUCUUUGGAUAUAAAUAAUGGGGGGAGCCUAUUUGUUUUGUAAUUUGCCUUCAGUUUUUACCCAGCUGUGGGAAGCUGCAAAGAUUCAGCUGCUUGGCCAUUUGCUUGCCGGCAGGGGCAAGGGACCGGACAAGUGACGACCCAACGUAAAGCUCAGUGAGGGAACACGACACCCAACUUGUUUACUUUUUUGCAGUUGUGAGAUAAUCAGUUCAGUCUGAAGUAUAGAAUUAAAAGCAUUUUGUUUCACCAAAAUUUAA